AUGUCUUCACAGGCCGGCGUUCCGCACCUUCUCGAACAUCCCGUCUCUUCAUACGCACAGAAGGUGAAGAUCGCCCUGCGCGAGAAGAACGUGGAAUUCACAAGCGAGAUUCCCUCAGACAUCUCUUCCAGUGCCGAUGGACCGUUGCACCAUUCCAACCCUCGCGUCGAGGUGCCCGUGUUGAUCCACAACGGCAACAAAAUCUUUGAUUCAACUAUCAUUCUCGAGUACAUUGAAGAUAUGUGGUCUGAAAGACCGCUGCUUCCCAAGGACCCCGGCCAGCGUGCGAAAGCGAGGAUGAUCGAGGAUGUCUGCGACACGCAGUACGAGGCUGUCAACUGGGGCCUCGGCGAGAUCCGCGCCUUCGCACGCGCAGAAGGCGCACUUAAAGAUCAACUUGAAGGAACGGCCCAGCAACAAACGGCGACACUGCAGGACUGGCUCGAACAGCAACUUGAAGGUCCCUGGUUCAAUGGCUCUUCGUUUGGUUGGGCGGACGCCAGCGUCGCGCCCAUCGUGAAUCGCAGUGUCGUCUACGGCUACGGUCCGUCAGAGGGGUCGAAGCUGAAAGCCUGGCAUCAACGGUUAAUGGAGCGCGAGAGCGUCAAGAAGACGUUUGAGGAGUUCGAGAAGGGUCUUGGGGGGAUGCGCAACCCGGCGAUCAAAGAGAUGUAUCUGAGCGGGCAGAUGCAGCGGGAGUAUAGAGACCACAGGCUCGAGUGGAUGAUCAAGAGCGGAGGAAUGGAGAUUAUUCACAAGGGUUUGGAGAAGGGCAACAUCCGAUUCAGCUGGCCUUAG